GGUCGUGGGUUCUCUCCGGGUCUCCGAUUCCAAUCGCGUGUGAAUUAUAUAGUUACGAGUACACUUUUGUUUUGGGUAGUCGACCGGGGGUGACCUUGAUCACAUGGGAUGAGAACUGGCCUCCAAGCCAAGACGAUUUGAUCGCUCCUCUGCUGCGGCUCGAAAGGGGAUGCAAGUCCUUGGGAGCUGCAAUUGGAUUACACUUCUGUUCGAGCUCCAUGAGUGACGUCACUUGGGCUAUCAUUCUGAUAAGGCCAGCGAUAAGACUGCGCCAAAUGACGUCAAAACGCAGGCAGUACAAGAAAAAGCUUUGACCGAAAGAUAGAUACUCAGAUAGAUAACCAUAACUGUAGAUAAUUUCCGAGCCAAUAAGUAGCCCUGAGCCUCCGUGGCGCGACAGUUGGCUGGCGACAUGUCCGUCGUGUGGAUGGGCGUCUUCAAGGUGGCCAUGAUAGUGGGCGUCACCAGUUUGGUGGUCACCCGGAACGCUUACAGUCGAAGAGGUGUACAAAGACCGCGACCAGUUCGCGGCCUUGGUGCGCGAGGUGGCCGCACCUGAUGUGGGUCGCAUGGGCAUCGAGAUACUGUCCUUUACCAUCAAGGAUGUCUACGACGAUGUGCAGUAUUUGGCCUCCCUGGGCAAGGCCCAGACCGCUGUGGUCAAGCGGGACGCCGAUGCCGGAGUGGCGGAGGCCAAUCGAGAUGCCGGCAUCCGGGAAGCCGAGUGCGAGAAGAGCGCGAUGGAUGUGAAGUACUCGACGGACACCAAGAUCGAGGACAACACGCGCAUGUACAAGCUGCAGAAGGCCAAUUUCGACCAGGAGAUCAACACGGCCAAGGCCGAGUCGCAGCUGGCGUACGAGCUGCAGGCAGCCAAGAUCCGACAGAGGAUCCGUAACGAGGAGAUCCAGAUCGAGGUUGUCGAGCGACGCAAGCAGAUCGAGAUCGAGUCGCAGGAGGUCCAGCGCAAGGACAAAGAGCUCACCGGCACCGUGAAGCUACCAGCGGAGGCGGAGGCCUUCCGACUCCAGACCCUGGCCCAGGCCAAACAAUGCCAGACCAUUGAGGGCGCCCGUGCCGAGGCGGAGCGCAUCAGGAAGAUCGGCGCGGCCGAGGCACACGCCAUCGAGCUGGUGGGCAAGGCCGAGGCGGAGCGCAUGCGGAUGAAGGCUCAUGUCUACAAGCAGUACGGCGAUGCUGCCAUCAUGAAUAUUGUCCUCGAAUCGCUGCCCAAGAUUGCUGCUGAGGUGGCUGCUCCCUUGGCCAAGACUGAGGAGAUUGUCCUGAUCGGAGGCAACGACAAUGUGACCAACGAUGUGACCCGCCUGGUGGCCCAGCUGCCGCCCUCGAUCAAUGCCCUCACCGGAGUGGAUCUGUCCAAAGUGCUGGCCAAGAUACCCGGGGCCAAGGCGUGAGACCUAAUGGAAUGGGACAUCCAGCAAAUGGCAAUGACAACGUAACGCAUCGCAAAGGAAUUUUAACUGACAAGGAACGGAGGGAUAGAGAAAGAAAAAGAUGGAGCUAAAUAGACAGAGACAUAGAGAGAGAGAGAUGAUACGGAGGGGGAGCAGGCAUUUGUUAGAGCGAGACGCAGUGUGGCGAGCAGCAUCAGGAAAACGAGAGGCGAUGCCGAUCGCAGCAAUCGAAUCGAUAAACGCAAUCGAACAUAGCAAAAUGUACUCCGAUAUUAUAUAUAUAUUUAUAUAUUCAGAAUGCAUGCAUACGUACGUGUACAUAUGUAUGUUUAUGUACCCAUAUACUGUGUGCAUGUGCCUGUGUUCGUGUCUGUGUGUCUGUCUGUCUGUGUGUGUCUGUGUGUGUGCUUGAGUUAUGUAAAAAUCAAAAAGAAUGAAAGUUAAUCUCAGCUAAAGUUAUUCAAUUUGUACGCAGCAUUUUGUGGCCUUUUCUCCAGAUAACAGAAUCAAAUACAACAAAAAAGAAAUAUGAAAUUUGUAUAACUU